AUGGAACCAAUCGCUGUCUACAUUCUUCCUUCCACUGGACGAGGUCCAAACCAACUGCGCCGGAUCAGCCUGAACACAAUCCUCUCUCCUUUUUCUUCGCUUCGCGCCGCUAUUGAUCAUGCGUCUAGUUAUCUCGUCCUGGAGCAUCUUCCAAUCCGAGUGUCACUGCCACAACGGGGAACAGUAAUGAGUGAAUGUCCCCGGAGAUCAUUGCUGAUAAGUACCCAGGAUUCCCGGUAUCCACAAGCUCAGCUCUAUCGGAGAACUCCUUUUUCGCAGCUAUUAGUAGAGAUAGCCGUAGGAUAG